AUGGACAUGGACGUGGACAUGGACAUGGACGUGGACAUGGACGUGGACAUGGACGUGGACCUGGACGUGGACGUGGACGUGGACGUGGACGUGGCCAUUGUCCUGGACGUGGACAUGAACGUGGACAUUGUCGUGGACGUGGACGUAGACGUGGACGUGGACGUGGUCGUGGACGUGGACGUGGACGUGGACGUGGACAUGGACGUGGAUGUGGACGUGGACAUGGACGUGGACAUGGACGUGGAGGACUUGGACGUGGACAUGGACGUGGACGUGGACGUGGACGUGGACAUGGACAUGGACGUGGACAUGGACGUGGACAUGGACGUGGACAUGGACAUGGACGUGGACGUGGACGUGGACGUGGACAUUGUCGUGGACGUGGACGUGAACGUGGACAUUGUCGUGGACAUGGACGUAGACGUGGACGUGGACGUGGACAUUGUCGUGGACGUGGACAUUGUCGUGGACGUGGUCGUGGACGUGGACGUGGACGUGGACGUGGACGUGGACAUGGACGUGGACGUGGACGUGGACAUGGACGUGGAUGUGGACGUGGAGGACUUGGACGUGGACAUGGACGUGGACGUGGACUUGGACGUGGACAUGGACGUGGACGUGGACGUGGACGUGGACGUGGACAUGGACGUGGACAGGGACGUGGACGUGGACGUGGACGUGGACGUAGACGUGGAGGACUUGGACGUGGACAUGGACGUGGACGUGGACGUGGACAUGGACGUAGAGGACUUUGACGUGGAGGACUUGGACGUGGACGUGGACGUGGACGUGGACGUGGACAUGGACGUGGACGUGGACGUGGACGUGGACAUAGACGUGGAGGACUUGGACGUGGACAUGGACGUGGACGUGGACGUGGACGUGGACGUGGACAUGGACGUAGAGGACUUUGACGUGGAGGACUUGGACGUGGAUGUGGACGUGGACGUGGACGUGGACAUGGACAUGGACGUGGACGUGGACGUGGACGUGGACAUGGACGUGGACAUGGACGUGGACAUGGACGUGGACAUGGACAUGGACGUGGACGUGGACGUGGACAUGGACGUGGACGUGGACGUGGACGUCGAUAUUGUCGUGGACGUGGACGUGGACGUGGACAUUGUCGUGGACGUGGACGUAUACGUGGACGUGGACGUGGUCGUGGACGUGGACGUGGACGUGGACAUGGACGUGGACGUGGACGUGGACCUGGACGUGGAGAUGGACGUGGAGGACUUGGACGUGGAGAUGGACGUGGACGUGGACGUGGACGUGGACGUGGACAUGGACGUGGACGUGGACGUGGACGUGGACGUAGACGUGGACGUGGACGUGGACGUGGACGUGUACGUGGACGUGGACGUGGACGUGGACGUGGACCUGGACGUGGAGAUGGACGUGGAGGACUUGGACGUGGAGAUGGAGGUGGACGUGGACGUGGACGUGGACGUGGACAUGGACGUGGACGUGGACAUGGACGUGGACGUAGACGUGGACGUGGACGUGGACGUGUACGUGGACGUGGACGACUUGGACGUGGACGUGGUCGUGUACAUGGACGUGGACGUGGACAUGGACGUGGACAUGGACGUGGACGUGGACGUGGACGUGGACAUGGACGUGGACGUGGACAUGGACGUGGACAUGGACGUGGUCGUGUACGUGGACGUGGACGUGGACAUGGACGUGGACGUGGACGUGGACGUCGACAUUGUCGUGGACGUGGACGUGGACGUGGACAUUGUCGUGGACGCAAGCUCCUGGGCCAGGCAAGCUCCUGGACGAGGCAAGCUCCUGGACGAGGCAAGCUCCUGGACCUGGCAAGCUCCUGGACCUGGCAAGCUCCUGGACCUGGCAAGCUCCUGGACCAGGCAAGCUCCUGGGCCAGGCAAGCUCCUGGACGAGGCAAGCUCCUGGACCAGGCAAGCUCUUGGACCAGGCAAGCUCCUGGAACAGGCAGGCUCGUGGACCAAGCACGCUCCUCCACCGGGCAAGCUCCUGGACCUGGCAAGCUCCUGGACCUGGCAAGCUCCUGGACCACGCAAGCUCUUGGACCAAGCACGCUCCUUGACCAGGCAAGCUCUUGGACCAGGCAAGCUUCUGAACGAAGCAAGCUCCGGGACCAGGCAAGCUCCUGGACUAAGCACGCUCCUAGACAAGGCAAGCUCCUGGACCAGGCAAGCUCCUGGACCAGGCAAGCUCCAGGACAAGGCAAGCUUAUCGACCAGGCAAGCUACAGGACCAGGCAAACUCGUGGACCAGGCACCCUCCUGGACCAGGCAAGGUCCUGGACCAGGCAAGCUCCUGGACCGCGCAAGCUCAUGGACCAAGCAAGCUCUUAGACCAGGCAAGCUCGAGGAGCAGGCAAGCUCUUGGACAAGGCAAGCUCGUGGACCAGGCACGCUCCUGGACCAGGCAAGCUCUAGGACCAGGCAAGCUCUAGCACCAGGCAAGCUCCUGGACCAGGCAAGCUUUUGGAACAGGCAAGCUCCUGGACUUGGCAAGCUCCUGGAGCAGGUUAGCUCGUGGACCAGGCAUGCUCCUGGACCGGGCAAGCUCGUGGACCAGGCAAGCUCCUGGACCACGCAAGCUCCUGGACCAGGCAAGCUCCUGGAAAAGGCAAGCUCCUGGACCAGGCAAGCUGUUGGACCAGGCAAGCUCCUGGACCAGGCAUGCUCGUGGACCAAGCACGCUCGUGGACCGGGCAAGCUCCUGGACCUGGCAAGCUCCUGGACCACGCAAGCUCUUGGACCAGGCACGCUCUUGGACCGGGCAAGCCCCUGGACCUGGCAAGCUCCUAGACCUGGCAAGCUCUUGGACCAGGCAGGCUCGUGGACUAGGCAAGCUCUUGUACCAGACAAGCUCCUGGAUCAAGCAAGCUCCUGGACCACGCAAGCUCCUCGACUAGGCACGCUUGUGGACCAGGCAGUCUCGUGGACCAGGCACGCUCGUGGACCAGGCACGCUCGUGGACCAGGCAAGCUCUUGGAUCAAGCAGGCUCGUGGACCAGGCACACUCCUGGACCAGGCAAGCUCCACGGUCCAGGAGCUUGCCUCGUCCAAGAGCUUGCCUGGUCCAGGAGCGUGCCUUGUCCAAGAGCUUGCCUAG